AAUGCACUUUACAUGAAUGAGCUAACAUUCAAGAACCCUUUUUUUAACUUUCCCAUGAAAAUCUUCUGUGAGCCUGUGAUUUUUAAACCUUUAAACCCCCCCCCCCACAAACCUUUCCAAUGGUUCAAUCUGCAACCCACCAUUCCCAGUGAAAAUGUCUAUAGUAGCAGAAGCACCCAAUUACCUUCAGGUCUUUUCUGAUGGUUCAGUAAAACGGUUUGCACCCGAAGUAGCUCCCACCUCUGAAGAAUCCUCUGGUGGAUACAAGUCUAAGGACGUGAUCAUCGAUCCGCCAAAAGCUAUAACUGGGAGGAUUUUCCUUCCUGAUAUCCCAGGACCAUGCACCUCAUCACUUCCGGUUCUUGUCUAUUUUCAUGGUGGUGGGUUUUGCAUCGGCUCAACCACGUGGCUCGGCUACCAUCAUUUCCUUGGAGAUUUUUCCGUCGUGUCACAUUCCAUUGUCCUUUCGGUUGACUACCGUUUGGCACCUGAACAUCGCCUCCCUAUAGCUUACGAUGACUGUUAUAGCUCCCUGGAAUGGCUGUGCAGCCAAGUUAGUAAUGAACCAUGGUUGAAGCAAGCUGAUAUCUCUCGUGUGUUUCUCUCCGGAGACAGUGCCGGUGGGAACAUCGUUCAUCAGGUUGCUAUUAAAGCAAUGAGAAAAGAAACUUUACGUGUUAAGGUUAAAGGGUUAUUGUUGAUACAUACAUUUUUUGGCAGUGAAGAAAGGACUGAGAAAGAGAGGGCAGAUGGUGCAACUGGCUAUGUAGCAAUGAAUGACAUGUUUUGGAAACUAAGCAUACCCGAUGGUUCAAACCGUGAUUACUUCGGAUGUAACUUCAAGAAGCAAGAGGUUUCCGAAGCCGAAUGGAGAGAAUUUCCUGCAGUGACGGUUUACGUGGCUGGUUUGGAUUUCUUGAAGGAAAGAGGAGUGAUGUAUGCUAAGUUUUUCCAGAGGAAAGAAGUGAAAAGGAUGAAACUCGUCGAAACCGAAAACAAGUCCCAUGUCUUCCAUGUGUUUCAUCCGAAAUCAGAGGCGACUUGUUCACUCCAGCGACAGAUGAGUGAGUUCAUGAAGAACAAUUAA